CAAAUACUUUUUCUUUUUUUUUUCUUAUACACUCUUGAAUUUUAUUAACACAAAAAAUGUCUGCUAACCCACUUCCUACUCUCCCUGAAUUCAGUCUUAAAGGCAAAGUUGCUGUCAUCACUGGUGGCGCAAGAGGUUUAGGCUUAGAAAUGAGUAAAGCCCUUGCUGAAUCAGGUGCCGAUGUUGCCUUGAUGUACGUCUCUAGCGAUAAGACCCAUGAUAUCGCUGCCAAGAUCGGUAAAGAUUAUGGUGUUGUCUGUAAGGCUUACAAGGCCGACAUCGCUGAUGCCGAACAAGUCACAACUGCCAUCGAUCAAAUCUAUAAGGAUUUUGGUGUCAUUGAUAUCUUUGUUGCUAACGCUGGUAUCAACAGUGGUGGUGCUGCCGAGACUUAUGAUUUAAAGACUUGGCAAAAGAUCAUGGACGUCAAUGUCAACGGUGUCUUUUACAGUAUUCAAGCUGUAUCCAAAUAUAUGCUCGCUAAGGGUAAGGGAAGUAUUAUUAUUACCUCAUCCAUGUCUGGUCAUAUUGCCAACCGUCCUCAAAUGCAAUGUGCUUAUAACACCUCCAAGGGAGCUGCCACUAUGAUGACCAAGGCUUUAGCUUCUGAAUGGGCCUUGAAGGGCAUCCGUGUCAAUGCCAUCUGUCCUGGCUACAUGAGAACCGAGUUAUUAGAUGAGACCUUCAGAAACAACCCAGAAUGGGAAAAGACUUGGACUGAUUUGACUCCUAUGGGUCGUAUCGGAGAUGCCAAGGAGCUUAGAGGUGCUGUUGUCUUCCUUGCUAGUGAAGCCAGUACUUAUGUUACUGGUUUAGAGUUAUUUGUUGAUGGUGGUUAUACCUGCGUUUAAAUUUCGCGUUAUCUUUUCUCUCCUUCCCUUUCAACUGUAUUAUUAUCCACCCAUCUAUUGUUUUCUUAUCGAUAUACUUUUUUAGUUUCUUAAAAUGACACAAUAAAGUAGAAUUUAGAAAAAACUCCGUCUAAA